UGGUAAUCAUAAAAGUAAAAAGGAGAACUCGAGACGGACUCCAAAACAAGUCUCAUCCGCGUUUAUAUUUGGGAUUGUUCGGUACAAAUCCACAGGCUGCUCCUGUGAACCAUCUUCUUUCUCUCUGUCUCUCACUUCCUAUUUAGCUGCGGAUCGAUUUAUACAGUUCCAUCUUCUUCCGCAGGAGAAUUUUGAGUUUGUAGAACAUUUUGGAUUUCCUCUGAUAUUUUGCUGCGAUGUUCAGUAGACAGGAGGCAACACAAAAGGAUGGCUGACUGCAAGGGUAAUGAAAUCACUAUUUCAGAAAGAGAUCAGGGCGAAUGUUCUGAUCCAACUGUUGAGAUAAAGAUUAAAACAUUGGAUUCUCAGACAUAUACAAUUCGAGUCAACAAAUUUUUGCCUGUACCUGCACUAAAGGAGCAGAUUGCAACCGUUACUGGAGUUCUUUCAGAACAGCAGCGACUCAUUUGUCGGGGAAAGGUUUUGAAGGAUGACCAGCUUUUAUCAGCUUAUCAUGUUGAGGAUGGGCAUACGCUCCAUUUGGUGGUUCGGCAACCCCUUCAGCAACCUCCUUUGUCUACGAUAGGAACUGGUGGAAGUGAUGGCUAUGCUGAACAGCAAGGGUCCACUCGGAAUAGAAGUGGACAAGUUUCCCACAGUGUGGUGCUUGGGACCUUUAAUAUUACAGAUCAAGCUGAUGGGGCUAUUCCAGAUGUCAAUCGUUUUGUUUCUGCUGUGUUAAAUUCUAUCGGGAUUGGUAAUGUAUUGCCCAUAAGUCCUGGCGUAGGCAAUGGGUCAAAUGUGAUACUUCAAGGAACUGGUUUUGAAUCACAGCAAAGAACAACAAAUGCUACUGGCAGAGUAGAUGUAAAUCCAACACAAUCUGAUCAUGCAUCAGAUAUUCAGUCGGAUCCUAUUCAUGGUUCAUUUCGUUUGUCACCAACUUCGUUACUAAGGCCUCUUAAUCAAGCUACGGUUAUCUCUGAUUCGUUGACAACGUUGUCCUUGUAUUUGAACCGAAUGAGACAUGAAUUUUCAUUGAUCAGUCCUGAGAAUCAAUCCCAAGCUACUUCUCAAAGUAGUGAAGCAGAGGCUUUACGAAGUGCAUCUGUUUCACCUUUAAUCCCUGGAGGGUUGCCAACACCAGCAGCCUUGGGAGCAGUUAUCAGGCACACACAACAAUUUUUGAAUGACCAGGCUGGAUCUUCACUUUCACAACUUGCCAGGCAGCUGGAAGGAGAAUCAAGUGUAAUUGAUCCAAUGGUACGUGACGAGAUCCAGUCUUCUGCUAUGCGAAAUGGAAUUAUCAUGCAGAACUUGGGUGCAUUGUUGCUAGAGCUUGGUCGUACCACCAUGACAUUGCGUAUGGGACAGUCUCCUGCUGAAUCCGUAGUGAAUGCUGGUCCAGCAGUCUUUGUUUCCACAACUGGCCCUAACCCUCUGAUGGUUCAGGCCCUUCCUUUUCAGCCUGGCUCCAGUUUUGGUAGCAUUCCAAUUGGAGCUACUCAUCCAGGGACAGCGGGGCUGGCCACUACAGGAGAUUCAUUAAGAAACAUUGAAAUGCAUAUACACACAGUGGCUCCUGGUGCAGGUCUUGAGCAAAGAGAACGUGGUAGUGUGCAACAAGUGGAAGGGCAGGGAAAUCAAAUUGCAAGUCCUCAGGGAGGAGUCUUGGGUAGAGAAGGUGUUUCAUCUUUUAACUCAGAAAGUGGUGCUGUAAGGGUUGUUCCAGUUAGAAUUGCUGCUGUACCUGCAGCUAUUACUGGUGAGGCUCGAAGUGAGUCCUCCAGUAGUUCACAUGGUUUCUUUUAUCCACUACUUGCAAGAUUUCAGCAGCUAAAUCCUUUACAAUUAAGUCAAGUGAGAAAUCCCCCCCCAACUCUUUCUCCUGGAAACCUUACAAGUGGCACUGAUGCUGCCCAACAACAUUCCCUGCUAUCCAUUCCUUUAUCUGCUAUUAGAACUCAAGUGCAGGUGCAAACUUCACCACCAACGGAUAGAAACCAGGAAGACGUGGAACAUGCAAAUUCUUCAGUCCAUGCAACUUUGGUGGGUGAGACUCAACCUUCAGUGCAUGGGGUGCUGCAGAGCCAAGCUGGUUUAAUAACAGAGCAAGGUCUGUCCCAACAGAGACCAUCAAGUGUACAUGUUUAUAGCAUACACCUUGGUCCUCAUAACAUGCAAGGAGAUUAUGAGCAGAGCAAUGGUGGUAUAUCUGAUAGUGAAGGUAGCACUUUGGCACAACUGCCUCCUGGAGUUGGUCAGAUAUUUUCUGGUAUGAUGUCUGAAGGACAAGCAGGCAGUGGAACGGGUAAUAGUGUCGACUUAAUGUCUCAUAUCCAUCAUAACUCCACAACUACCAAUAUUUCAAGGCCAGCUGCAGACCAGACUCGAGCACCUAUUGCAAUAUCUGAUGUGGUUUUGCAGGCUUUGCAAAAUCCAUUUCCAAGCAGUCAGCUACAAAUGAGUGAACAGAUAGGAGAGAGAAGUCAAAAUCGGUCAGAGUUGUACUCAGGUUUACAUGGGGACAAUGCCACAGUAGAUUAUCUGGGACUACUGCAACGUUUGAUGCCUAAUUUACCACAUGUAGUUGGGAGGGAAUCUGAAGCAUCAGCUUCUCAUCAUGAGGUUGAGGGACAUCCUAAGGCCUCAAGUUCUGAGGGUCCAUCAUCAAGUUAUAGUGGGGAGGCACAACCUGGAACAUCAACUGAUAUGCAAUGUUCAUCUGCUAGGAAUGGAGCAGAAAUUCCAAGGAACCAGAAUGAUACAGAUAAUAGCACUGGUAAUGAAAACCUCCAAUCUGAUACUGAAAGGCAGCAUUCAGAUCGAUCUCAUGAUGCUUACUCUGGAGGUUCUCCUGCUUCCAAGCGUCGUAAGGAAUAUCUGGCAAAUUUACUUUCCCAGUCAUUGCUUCAACAUUUAUCUAAAAUCAUUCAGUUUCCAUGAUUCCUUACUUAUGGCAAGAUUAGAUCCUGCAUAUUCAGCUGACUAGCGCUCUCAGUAGGUCUGUUGUAUUUAGUUUGUACUAUAGGCAAUUAAGAUAUUGUUAUUCUUGUUAUAUUCCCUAGUCCCAGGUGACAAUUUUAGAGCUUACAGGAUGUUGAGAGAUCAUGGUGGUGUCAGGAAAUGCCUGAAAUUGAGGCAUUCAUAAUUUACUGUUUCUAUCGAUUCCAGUUUUCCUGAAAUGUUAGGUGAUUCAAGAUAUUCAUUUGUACUAUAAUGAAGCUUCAUGCUACAUGCUAGUUCAGUUUUGGUACAUGCAAUGAUUUGGUUGUGGGCCAGUAGUGGUACAUUUUCUUUGCAUUUGUAUUUGAAAAAAUCAGCAUACAGUUAACCAUCAUUAGAAUAUUCCUUUUUAGCACAUUUUA